AUGGAGACUGGCGAGAGAACACCUGCAUCCAUCCCUCCAUUGAAUGCCCAGGACCCAGCUAUGUCCAUUCGCUACCGCACAGGCCGAGCUCUUGCUUGCUGCACCAUCGUCGUCUUCGUCGGCUUCUUCUUCCUUGUCGGAUUCUUUGAACUUGCCUUGUCAUCAAAGAGGGAAUGA